AUGUUGCUCAUUUCACGCCAUGUUGUUCUUGAAAGACAAACUGCAUUCAAGCUUAUCUCUUCCGAGGAGCAAUCAACACAAGAGGAUCCUCAAAAUCAGAAGGUGUUAACACAAGAGGCAUCUCAACCCGAUGCCACAAAUCCAAUUCCUGAUCCCCCAAAAGGAACGAGCCUUCAUGAUUCAAUACCUGUAGGUAUGCAAGAAUCAAAUGAUGAAGAUGAAGGACAGAAAAAACCAACAAAUAAAAAACUAGGAUGGGGUCAAAAGAAGGUUUGGCAGAAAAUUCCAAAGGAGGACAGAGACAGAAUUCAAGAAUACUACUUAAGUAUUCAACCUAGUGAUAACUUUUGGGCAGGACUCGAUAAUGAGAAAGUGACAAACCAUGAUAUCGAAGAUAUUGUAUGGGACCUGGAACUGUCACAAAACGUUAAUAUUGUGGAAGGGUGGCUAGAAUAUAUCAAACCACAAGCACAAGAGUUCUUAGAAACUAAAAAAAUACCAAAACUUGUGAAGCAAAAAGAAGGGCCCCCUACACCUGCACAGGUUGAUUUGUCCCCAAAUGAAGAACUCACUCUAAAUUGGAUUCUGCAAAAUCCAUAUCAGUUUCCAUUUGAGGAUGACACAGAAUGUGCUCAACAAAAUUCAUCUUCGUUGGAUUGCGGCAUGUUCGUCAUGUUCUACAUGGAUAAAAUAGCACAAGGACAGCCCAUUCCAAAAAGUGUGGACAAGAAUUUCAUGAAUGAAUAUCGAGCACAAUAUGUCACAAAACUCCUACACCACAAACACUGUGAUGCAACAAAACGAAAGGGAAACAACAAACUGCACUGA